AUGGGUGAACUGGUGCUGGACCCAGUUCAGCUCUGCGAGGGCAAGCUGCGCAAAGUCCAAAUAUCCUCUGCCAACGAUAGCAUUAUCCUAGCUCUCGAGGAGCCAUACGCGAUCCAUAUGUGGAACCGGCAUACUCGAGUCCACGUUCAACGAAAGAUUCCCGAAAUCAAGGCCAUUGGGAUUCACGUUCUGGACGGCGUCCCUGGUCAUCCAUGGUGGAUCGUUCUGGGAGAGCUUUACAACUUUGCUAUGCGGGUAUAUGAUCUCGAUUUGGAGGCUCCAGACUCCUCGCCGGCACGGCUCCUGUGUGAGGGGACACUGCCCAUGAAUUUAAAAUCACCCUUGGCAUUCAUGUCCACGGAUGAAGCUGGUCAGUACGUGUACUGGAGUGAUCAUGUAUGGGAGAUACCCAGUGGUCAGCAAUGCACGACUCCUCCAGAUGUCCGCUGGCUCAACCGUCGGCCUGAACGACGGUGUUAUGCAAAUUUGCACUCUUUAAAUAACAUGGUCUUCUCGGUGGAGUUCGACACCAAAGAGGAUCUUUUGUAUCCCUUAUCCCACGACUUUGUCUUUUCGGCCCAAGCUGGGUACGGUUGGAAGCAUAUUUUGGGAGGCGAAGAUGGUCGAAUUAUGAUAGUAGAUUGUACUCACCUCGUUUGA